GUCUGUUUGUUCACUUCUUCAAGGCUUGACAGCAGUGUACAGCUCUCAUCAAAGUAAAUAUAAGACAUUUGAAAUUGAGACUAAAGGUUUUCGUAAAAAGUCUUUUCACCCAGUCAAAAACAUUUUAGCCCGAAAUUUUGACCAUCAAAAUGAUGUUUGUUUUAAACGAAACAACAGCGAUGUUUCCUACUGGACAUUCCAUGCUCCAAGAAAUAAUUUUUUCAGUCUUGCUUCAAAUUUCUGGAAUAAUUGCUGCAAUUGGGAAUCUGUUUGUAAUGUCUGUCAUUAUUUGUAAUAAAUCCUUACAUACUCCAAGUAACAUUUUGUUACUCCACCUUGCACUCAUUGAUCAUCUAACGGGAAUUUGUCUAAUAAUAGCUUCAGCAUUUUAUAUUGAGGGCAACUUCGAUAGUUUCCACGAAAUAGAAAAUGGCGUAUCCAUGUGUGUAAUCUUGUCAAUUUUCAAUUUACUCUUCAUUGGAAUUGAUCGUUUAUUAUCCCUUUCCUACCCAUUUCAAUAUAUGAACAUUAAUGACAGAGUCAAAAGUUGGGUUACUGUGGCUGCAAUCUGGUUCCUGGCUACCAUAGUGUAUGUUUUCAGUUUUUAUGGACAGAAUUUCGUAGUGAUAGACUGUGGUGAGUUCUUGUCAAAUGUGGAUAUGGGUACAGUGAUCAGAGAAUUUACUCUCGGAGGCAUCGUCUUGAUAUCAAUUAUGAUUCACAUCCGUGUAUAUUGCAUCGCUGCUAACCAAGCAAGAAGAAUUGCACAAUCGCAAACAGAGAGCCAGGGCCAGUCACCAAUCAACCUUAAAGCAAUAAAAACCACUUUGAUUGUACUUGGUGCAUUCUGUGUUUGCUAUUUUCCUGUUUUAUUUUUUCAAAUGUCGACUUUUAACUGCUCUCCAUUAGGAGGUAAAAAUGCGAAUAAUGUAUUAGCUAUAGCAACCUUUUUCUUGUACAGUGGGUGCACUGUCAAUCCAGUCAUUUACACACUUCGAAGGGAAGAAUUUAAAAAUCAAAUAAAGCGGUUCUUAAACAAAUGCUGCUUUUCAAGAUGUAAACUCAUGGUUGAAAAUUCCAUAGAGAUGUCCAUUUCAACAACAAGAAGGGAGCAAGCAUAUUGAUAAAACAUGUUACAUUUCGAAUAUUUUGG